GUUAUAAUUAAUACUUAUAUACUUUUUAUCACGGCUCCUCGCUUCGGCGCUUGCUGAGGGUUAUUCAGUCCAUGAAUAGUCUUCCGUUCCCGGGAACCAAAAUCAGAUUCCAAGGUACCGUCUUUCCAAAACAGCCGCUCUCGACGCCUUUAGGUGGGGGAGUGACUGUGGGAUGGUCUCUACAUAUCAUUUUGAAAAGCAUUGUUCUCUGAAGAAGACGAGCUGAGGGAUUUGGUUGGCUGAUGGCUUUUGCCAAUGAUGAGGGAAUACACCGACCGAUGCCCGGUCGGCAAGAAGAUUCUUCAGAUCGGACCCUUGAGGUCUCGUCUUAAGGAUCAUCUUGUAUGGAGUGUGUGAAACAGUCCGACGUGACGAUUCAUACUUUUGGUUAUUGUGUAGAGCAGCUCAACUUGUUCAGUGUGAACGUGCGGUCACCUAAGAGGGGCACGAGCUAGACAAGAAAACGGAGCGAAGAUCGCAUGCUGGUAUCACCCCAAGGCGUUUGGUGAAGAACAAGAUCCGACGACAAGAGUGUCUUGAUUUGACACGGCGAACAGAGAGUCAAUGCAUCGACUUCGCAUUCGACAUAAACUUAAUUUACUAAAGUGGCGUUUCGUAGACUUACUUUCAGUCCGAUGUAUUUAAUAAGAUUAGUCAGCAGAAUUCGAAAGCUUGGGCGAUCAUAUUGAGCUUAUAUCUACAACAUUCCCACGACAACUGAGAGGAUCGAACAGCUGGUCUACGCAUUAGCAGCAAGGUCUCUGAAAUUCGGACGUCGCGAAACCUCAUGGCGCAACAAAAUCCCACUCAAAUGAUUCUCCUGACACAACAGCAACUCUACGGCGCAAAACCUUGCGAAACUCCCAACAGCAGGCGAGGUAUGCUUAUUUCACCAUGGCAGCUUCUCUUGAGCUCGACAACGGGGAGCACAUUACAUAUGAGUCGGCCCGCAAGAAAGAUGCCAACAUGAUCAAUGAAGCCACAUACCCUGGAGCAAGGAGGCAGCUCUUUCAGAAGCUCCGGGAUCAGCGUGUAGCGAUCCAGGACAUUGUUCGGCAUCACCUGAGGCUGCGCGAUGAAGACUCUUGUAUUGUCGAAGAUCAAUGGAUUCGUGGGAGCUUUAAUGUGUGUAUACCUGUGGAAGUAAGGUCGGCUGGCUUUAAUCAGAGCCUGAUCUUUCGCUGUCCUAUGCCACACAAGCUUGCCGAAGCCAAAUACCCUGCCACCGUUGACGAAAAGCUAAGCUCCGAGGUGGGAACCUACGUAUGGAUGCAAGAGCAUUGCCCUGACAUCCCUAUUCCACGAUUAUACGGCUUUGGCUUCUCCGACAAUCGACACUUUAUACACGAACAACAAAUGCCUUUUUAUGUCCGCUUUUGGCGUAAGCUUCAACGUUAUUUCCGCAACUAUUUUCGAUACCCAACGUUAUCUCAAUAUGUUUCCAGACCGACCUGCCCGCGUCUGCCCACUGCAUAUAUGCUUCUUGAGCGUAUCGGCCCUAACACGGGCGAAAUACUUAGUGAUGCAUGGAAUGAAUAUCGAAAGGAACCAGUCCGGAGGCAGAACCUCUUCCGAGAUAUGGCACGCUUGAUGUUGUCUUUAGCUCGCAUUCCCCAGCCUCGAAUAGGCUCCUUCGAGUUUCACAACAACGGUACUAUCACAUUAACAAACCGACCACUGUCCUGUUCUGUCAUCAUAUUAGAAAAUAAUGGUGCUCCAAGAACGAUACCGAGAAAUGAAACAUACACUUCCACCGAGCCUUUUGUUGCAGAUAUGCUUACAUUCCAGGACGACUUCUUUCUCGCCAAUCCAAACGCUGUUUCAAGUAUGGGAGACUGUCUCAGCCAGAUGGCUGUUAAAGCAAUGCUUCGGGCACUCUCGAAUCAUUAUAUACAGCGGGAAAGCCGUAAUGGGCCAUUCCAUCUUCAGCUUACCGAUUUUCAUGCGAGCAACAUCUUCGUUGACAAAGACUGGAACAUUACAUCUCUCAUAGACCAUGAGUGGGUUUGUGCGCUACCUGCUGGGAUGCUUUCCGUGCCGUAUUGGCUUACUGGGUGCGCUAUCGAUGACAUAAGGGAGGAGAACCUCGGUGAGUUUGAAACCGUUCAUCAAGAGUUUUUGGAUAUAUUUGAAGAGGAGGAAGUCAAGAUGGCGCCGACGAAUCCGCCUGCAAUGACGCGAAUCAUGCACGACAGCUGGAAAUCUGGAGCAGUAUGGUUCUGGCAUUGUAUUACGUCCGUGAAUGCCGCGUGGUCUCUAUUCGACGAUCAUAUCAGUCCUAGAUUUCUUGCGCUCUCUACAGAUUCCGAAGAAGUACUUUCACAGUAUUGGUGUGAGGGUUCUAUGGUAGUUGCCAGGAGAAAGGUCGCCGAGCGGGAAGAAUAUGUACAACAGUUACAAGUUCUCUUUGACGAAAAGGCAGGCCUCUCUACAGAUGGAGACAUUCAUAGCUAAGUCUAUACUUCGGUAGAAAUGCCGGCUCAAACAGAUGUUGUUGGCCAUUCAAACCUAUGCCUUCUCCUUCCCAUUCUCUCUUUCUCUGUCCUGCGGUUAUUUUAACUCCUGCUCCUGCGCUGCAUUUUGUUUCUCCUCUCUCGCCCUCUGCUUUCCUCUCUAAGUAUCUUCAAACUUAAGGCCAUGUUCUUUCUGUAUAAAACCUCCCCGAAUUUUAAGGAGGCCCGAAUGGUCGCGAUAAAGUUGGGCCGGGG